AUAACCUUGUUUUAGGUUACAAGGUCUACAUUGUUACUGUUGUUUCUUACAAUCUUCAGCUAGAGAUAUAUAAGAAGGUUAACUUUUUGUGGCGACAUUCAUUAAUAUAAAUAUAUGAACGGUGCUCCCUAUGAUAUUCUUUUGGUAUUGUAGCAUUGAGUGAGCGACGGCAUACACCAUCUCUGUAUAUAUACACUUUUUUCAAUAUAUCUUGUUAUUACAAAUUUAAAGUGGUGACCCCGACAUGAUGGAAAACGACAGUGGUGACCCCGACAUGAUGGAAAACGACAGUGGUGAACGUACUGGGAUCGAAAAAACAGAUGUCAAGAAAGAAGUUAGAGCGACGAAUACAGUAAAAUCCACAUUUCGCGUAAGCAUUCCGCCAUUUUGGCCCAAAAAUAUCGAGCUAUGGUACGCCGUGUUAGAAAACGAGUUCAAGCUCGCUCGCAUUACUGACGACGAUAGCAAAUUUUCUCUGAUAGUGGCAAAUAUUCAGUUAGAAUAUUUAGAACAAAUUCCUUACAUAUCUGGCGAAUUGCCGGCGGCAGAACGAUAUGAACGGCUGAAAAGGGAACUUAUUAAAAAAUUCUCCGAAUCAGAAAGUACGAGAAUGCAAAAGUUCGUCAGCGACAAAAAAAUUGGCGAUAGGAAGCCGUCCCAGUUCUAUUGGGACUUGCGGAAGGUCGCCCCCGUAUCGAUCUCGGACGACUUAGUGCUGGCGACCUGGAAGAUUCGCCUUCCAGAACAUAUACAAUAUGCCUUAAUUGUCGUGAACAUAGAUGAAGUGAAGACUGCGAUGAAGUUAGCCGACAAGAUAUACAAUAUACCGUGCCAUGAGGAAAGAAAGUUACGAAACAAAAGGCGAAAUGCAACGAAAAGCAAACAACAAACUCGCGUCUUAAGCAUUGAAGAUAGGCUAAGUCAAAUAGAGGAGCGAAUGAACGCGCUGAGCCUCAACAAUCGGUGCCAAGCAAAAAGGUGCUGUCCCCAUUGCAACUGGAACCAGAGUGAAUGGGACGGUUCAGUAUGCAAUUGCAGAUCUCCCGUAACAGACAAGAGUGAGAGGAUCUCCUCCCACGUGAACACCGGCGCCAACUUAUGCGCAAACCAGCCCAAGGAACAAUGCGCAGCAGACAGCAUCGAGCACAAACAACAACACGAAGAUAGAGCCGAAAUCCAAAAUGAUCAAAACGGAGGGCAGUCAAUUACGGAGGAGAAAAAUGCGAGAAAUCAGAACGUCGCGCGCGCGAACAAGCAACUCGGCUUUUUUGUGCGAGUUCUACUUAAAAUAUUGUCAUUGUUCAUAUAAGGGGGGAGAUGUACCGGCCCAUGGCCGUAGAAAAAGUUUAAAUUGAAACAGAAAAAAUUCAACACUGGAAGAGAGAUCCAUAUUAUUGUGCGCUUGAAUACUAACGUUGUUUUAGAUUGCGAUGUCUAGAUUGUUAUUCCCGUUUCUUGUAGUCUUCAGCUAGUUACACAAAAAUAUUCUUUUAUGCAAAAUAUUUUAUGGUAUUGUAGUAUCCAGUGAGCGACU